AUGGCGGCGACCACGGAAGAAGCAGAUCAGGAUGAGCUGGAAACUACUCUAAAGACUAAGGAAUGUGUGAUGCCAGCCAUAGUGGAUAAUGAUGAGAAAGUGCAUCAAAAUGGAAAUACACUACUAGAUCCAACAACACACACCAACGAACAUGUAGAUGGAGUUGUUUUUGACAAACCCAAAGAUCCUCAUGGGUCACCGUGUAAAGUGGGUGCCAAUUCAGUGAGAAAACAAAUAGACAUGGAAGAUGAUUCAUCAUUUACAGUUGUCAAACAUAAGCCACAUGAAAACUGCUCUGAACUAAACACCACCGAACCCAAUUCAUGUGAUGAUAAUGCAGCUAGUGACCAGUCUGUGACAUCUGUAGAAAUGUCCAACAGCAAAGAACAUGGCAUAAAUAAUAGUGAAGUAAGCAACAACUCCUCGCCUGUCUGUGAUAAUUCUAGUACUGACCACUUUGUGUCUAACAAAUGUAGUAAACCAUUGUCGAAUGGUGUUGACAAUAAGAGCAGCGAUUCUGACGGGAGUGAUGAUGAAUGUUUGGCCAACUUGGCAAAGGAUAACCAGUCUGACAGUGACAAUGAGUGUUUAGCCAGCAUUGCUAAAGAAGCUGUCAAAAAUCCAUUAUUAAACAAUGUUAAAAAUGUACCAAGAAAAGCCAGAAAGUCUGCUUUUUCCCUGAUAAAAACGGUCAAUCUAGCUCCCAUUGCUAAUGUAACCAUUCCUCUGGCAGAGGUGGAGCAAGCAUUGAAGUGCGACAAGGCACUGGACAGUGUAAGUAUCGGAACCAGUGAUGGCCAAGAAACAGAGGAAGAUCGCGAUAUCAGCAAUGUCGAAUCUGGACAAGAGCAAGAUGCAGCAGCCAAAAAGAUUGGCAAAAUCUUGAAAAGGAAGAAGAAAAUGGGGACGUACAAUUUUCCGUCAUCCAAAAAAUUGAAAAAGAAAAAAGUGAAGACUGACAGUGAUGCAACACAUAGUGGUGCAGAGAGUGCGAUGAGUAACAAUAUGGAAUGCGAAGACAGUGCAGCAAAUUCAACGAACGAGGAUACAUGUCCGUCGGUCGAUAGCAAAUCUGAUGCGGGCAAUCCUCAAUGUGAAGGCCUUGGUGCUGCAACCAACGAAAACCUGCCUGCCAAUGCACUGGAUGUUCUGUCAAGAAAUUCUCAUCUGGCGUUCAAACCGAAAUCUCGUUCCAUGACAGCUAGGAAGAAGAUCAACGAUGGAAGUCCUUAUAGAGGCAAGACCGUCAUGCAGCUUCUUAAUGAGACAAAUGAAAGGAAGAAAAGACAGAUCAAAGCUCUGUCUGGAAGAACACAUGUGGAGAACAAUUUGCAGUUGGCUGCCAAUACAACUCAUGGUACUGAUGGUUUUGAGGCAGACUUGGAUGAGAGUCGGGAAGGCUGUGACAGUGAUGCAGAAAGAAACGGUGUCCGAAAAACAUUGAGGAAAAGAAAAUCUCCAGACCCUGAUGAUAAUGGUUUGCUCACGUCGCAUGAUGCUGCAUCUGACAUGUCUGUCUGUUCGUCUGAUAAAAAGCCCAGGUCAUUGUCUGGAGAGUUCACACCGAAGAUUCCUAUUAUUACCGUUGUGACCAGUCACCAGCCUCAGACGCCGGGCCUGCGAUCCAUCUUGCCAAAGCCACCAUUGUUAUCUAGUCAGCUCGACCUGACCUCUUCAGUUGCUCAAGCCCGUGUGAACCAAUCCAUCGUUCCAGUAAACGCAGCAUCAGACUUUUCCAUUCCAUCCACUCGUUAUGUUGCUGUUAAGAAUCUGGAUUCACAGCUCGAUUCUCUCCCCUCUGAGCAUUACGUUGCCAUAACGAAAAUAGAUUCCCCCCAACCAUCUCAGGAUUGCAGUGCUAUUAAGGAUGUUUCUCUUCCGUCGCAGAACUGUGGUGCCCUUAAGAAUUCUGACGCGUUGCGAGCACUGCUUACGUGCAAGCAGUCAAGUAUUCCAACAGAAUUGGGUCAUUCGUCUUCGAAAUUCUCCAGUCUAGGACACGACGCUAAGCUAAUGUCUACUCCUAACGGACUGUGUUAUCCUGUGACGCCUCCGAAAACACCGGAAGAUGGCGCUAUUGGAGACGAUGGGUCACAAUUAUCAUCUUCGGCAGCUGUCCCAGGCUCAGUAUCUCCAGACCGUAGCAUCAUUCCAUUGUGCUGCUGUAAGCUAAACGGGGCAUCAUUCACAAAGCUUGACACCAAGGUCCUGUACUGUCAAGCUCUUGAUUCUGUAGAUGGAAAAAUUCUGGGUUGUUGCAAUAAGGUAUCCAAUAGUCAGCUAGUCAGACCCGCUGUGAAGAUUCCGUUCAUGGCAAUCUGUGAGAACCACCGGAAAAGACUCAAACUUCAUCAAUGUUGUCCAGGCUGUGGACACUUCUGUGUUCGGGGCAAGUUUUACCAGUGUCGGAAAGACAGCGCUCAGUUCACCCACAGCUUCCACCAGCAGUGUCAGGUGUUCAAAGACAGCAAACUGUUCUGCCCUCACUGUGGGGAGGAAUCAUCGCAGUACGAGGUGAACAUUUCCACGUGUGAGCUACAGACCAUGACCAUGGCCGAGAACAUCCAGAAAGGCACUGAGUACAUUCUGAGGAAACAGCAACAGGCAGCAAAUAGGGCAAAGAUGACAGUGCAGUAUCCUUCAUUGAGGGCUAAGGAAUCGGACAGUUCUGUCAACACGUCUUUAGUGAGCCAUAUGCUGCCGUCUUCAAAAACAAUUUCUUCAGCGAAUAUUCCACUUGGUCCAGAUCGACUUGCACUCGAAAAGAUUAUCACUCAUCUGGAUCAAGAAAGGCCCAAAAAGUAUCGAAAUCUACCGAAGUCGUUAUACCAGCCCUCAAUUGAAGGUGAUUUGGAAAAGGUUGUCUACAUGUUAAUGGAUGGAGCCGACCCGAACCAGAAGUAUGAGGAGUAUGAUGAUGAGACUCCGCUCCACGCUGCAGCCUACAACUGUCAUCUAGCCGUGCUACACGUGCUCAUUCAGGCGGGAGCAUCUUCACACAUGAAAGACAAGAAGCUAAAAACUCCUUUGAUGUAUGCGGCAGAACGAAACAACCUCUCGUGUGUCCAGUAUCUCGUGAAAGCAGGGGCUGAUGUCAAGGAGAUGGGUGAAGAUGGCAUGUCUUGUUUACACUAUGCCGCGAAGUCAGGGAAUAUAGAUAUUAUCAAGUAUCUCAUUGAGACUGCAAAGAUGGAUCCUAACAUUCAGGAUGAUGGAGGCUGGACUCCAAUAAUCUGGGCGGCUGAAUCGCAGUUCUUGAAUGUAGUCCGAUACCUGAUGUAUGAAGGUGCAGAUCCCAAAGUUCAAGAUAAUGAGGAGAAUACUGGGUUACACUGGGCCGCCUACUCCGGAAACGUAGACAUCACUGAGCUCUUCAUAGAAGCUGGCUGUGACAUAAACUCUCCCAACGAGCAUGGUGAUAGACCUCUACAUAUUUCUGCAAGACAAGACCACUAUGAAUGUAUUGUAUUGCUGUUAGCAAGAGGUGCAGAUGUUGAGUGUCGAAACAACGAAGGUGAUACGGCGCUAACUUGUAUUAUUGAUCAGAGCACAUCCUCGUGGAUGGCGUUGAAAGUCAACAAACAGUUGAGAGCCUUUGGUGCCAAACUUGGUCGAAUUGAGAAAUUGAUUCACAGAGAUAUAGCAUAUGGCCGAGAGAAGAAUCCCAUUGCGUGUACUAAUGCUGUUGAUGAUGAAUCAUUCCCUACCGACUACCUCUAUGUAAAUGAGAAUAUAGAAACGACCCCACUGAAUAUUAAUAGAACUUUAACUAGUUUACAGAGUUGCCGAUGUAAAGAUGACUGCUCAUCUUUGUUCUGUGUCUGUGCUAGAAGCAGUGUGAAAUGCUGGUAUGAUAAGUUGGGCCACCUGCUCCCCGACACCAAUCUCGUGGAACCUCCUCUGGUGUUUGAGUGCAACAGAGCCUGUCGGUGCUGGACCAACUGUAAUAACAGAGUUGUGCAGAAUGGAAUCACUGUUCGACUCCAGUUGUUCAAGACAAGUGGGCGUGGUUGGGGAGUGAAAACCUUACAAGAUAUACCAAAAGGAAAAUUUGUUUGCGAGUAUAUUGGUGAACUGAUCUCAGAUUCUGAAGCUGACAGACGAGAAGAUGACUCCUAUCUCUUUGAUCUCGACAACCGGGAUGGUGAAACGUACUGCAUUGAUGCAAGAAAAUACGGCAACAUCAGCCGGUUUAUCAACCAUCUGUGUGAACCCAAUCUCAUUCCAGUGAAAGUGUUUAUUGAUCACCAGGACCUUCGCUUUCCACGAAUCUGCUUCUUUUCAUCUCGAGACAUUAAAGCACAUGAGGAGCUAGGGUUUGACUAUGGGGAGAAGUUCUGGAUUAUCAAAUGGAAGCAGUUUACGUGUGCAUGUAGCAACAUAAAGUGCAAGUACUCGAGUGAAACGAUCCACAAAACCUUAGAAGACUACAGACGCCGCCACCUGGAAGAGGAGAUAACUCCAGACACUUAAAACUUUUAAAUACAUGUAUUUGUAGGUCAUCUUGUAAAUUGAAAUCAUCUGUGUUGUUAAUUUCACUAGCAAACUACAUUUUCAAAUCCCCUUCCCAAAACAGGAAUAAUUGUUUUUAAACGAUUUGUUAAGAGUCGCUCAUGUCAUCAAAUUUUAUAUAUUUGAAUUUGUACAUUAUGAAUGAGAGUAUGGUAUUGCUAUGCAUGAAAGUAAUGUGAUUUAACUUGUUCCGUUUUGUUGGGACAUUGUUUGAAGUUAUAACUGUUUUGCCUUAAAGACCUCAUUGGAACAUAAUUGUAAUUAAAUUGUUUCAUUUAAUACUAUGUACAUCUUGCUUGAUUUGCAGGUCCUAAAAUGCUUUUGAUAUUCAUCACCUAAAUGAGUUGAUGUUCAAGCCAGUGUCUCCUAUUUCCCAGUGUCCCCCUGUCAUGUCUGCAUUUUCAGUGAUCCCUCGCAACCUUGGACAUUUUUAUUACUUUAAGAAUCACUAAUAGGAGACAUGACCUGUUUGAGAAAUUUGUGGCUACACUUAGUCUUCGCCAGGGAAGACUAGUGAUCACUCUCGCUUCCCUGCACACUCUCAUUAUGGUAGAGUUACAAAUUGAUCACCGUGCAACUAAAAUUUGUAAUAAAUUUUAUUUGAAUCUUCAUUUUGAUUGCUCGCCUAGCACCAUUUCAGGAAAGUGGUCAUACUGUUGCCUAGAAUUUGCUCAUGUCAAAGACUCUACCUUGUUCCCUGAUCUAUACUGAUGUCCGAAAGAAACUAUACCAAUACCAGUACUCUGAGAGACUACUGAAGAAAAAAACUACAACAUGUAUUCAUAAGAGUGGUGUUUUGGCAUGUUGGGAACAAAAAUGUAAUUCCAUAAAAGCAGAAACAUAUUUAACCACCAUUUUAUUUCCAUUAUCCAAAUUAUAAAGGAAAUUAAAUAAAUUUGUCUUGGUAUAGUUUCUUUUGGACGUCAGUAUAUUUGCGAUAUUGUGGUUGUAUCUAUCUUACUGUAUUUACCUAGGAGAUGAUCUCUUUCUCUUGUCAGAUGUAGGUGCCUUUACUGUAGUAUUGUGCUUGCACCUACCAUAUUGCUAAGAAUUAAUCAUUGUUCUCUAGUGGUGGUGUUCAACAAAAUAAACUAUUAACUAUAAUACUUUUUAUAAUCCUGAGACAUGAUGUAUAGUAAAUCUUCUAUAUAUUGCCACUACAUGAAUGCACUGCAACCCAAACAUGCAGCAUUCCAUAUUGAUAGAUCAAAAGCUUGAUAUGGUGCAUCUAUUGAUCAGUGGUUUGAUGUGAAGUAAAAUAAUGGUUGAUUAUUUUUCUAUCAUCUUAUUUUACUGCUAUACUAAAAAAGAAGAGAGUUGCUUCCACUUAAUUGCAUGCCAGUUUGUAGAAUAAUUUGGUAUAUAUAGCAGUAAGGCAGUACAAAAUAUUUUCACAGUUGAAUGAACUUGAAGCUGUGUUAUAAAAUGAGAAAGAAAUUCUGUUGGGUCAUAAAUCUUAAACAUUUAUAAAAAAAAAAGAGAAAAAAAAGAAAGAAAACAAAAAAAAGUCUUAUUGAUUAUUCACUAACAUGUACCAUUUGUUGCCCUCCAGACAGAAUAUUUCUGUCUCCAUAAAUCAUAUUCUUAUUUAUUUGUUAGUUUAAUUUUGUAAAUGUCAGUUAAAAAUAUCUGAAUGAUAAAAAUGUAAAUAAAAUUUGUAUUAUUUACUGAGACUAAAACAGUUUGAUGUAUAUAGACUCAUAAUCACUAAUUAGUUUCACUUUCACCACAAAACAUUUCAUGCAAUGGGUUAUGUAACUGAUAAUUAUGUUUUAUAAAUCAGCAGAACUUGUGUUACACUAUGUGUUUUGUUUGCAGAUAGGUUUAAUAGCUUGAUGUUAGAUUGAUACCACUGAUGACUUCAGUACAGAAGAAUAGUCCUGUUUACUAAGUUUCAGGCUAUCCACAAUUAAACCGUGAUUUCUAUGAUAUAUUGUAUAUGUGCCAUACUGUAUGAGUUUUUCUAUUUGUUCUAAAUGUUUGUAGUUUCACAAGUAGAGAGCAUUCUGAUAAGUGUAUAUAUUUAUAUAUGCAAAAAUGAAACGUAUCUUACUAAUCCACCAGAGCAGUACCAGCAAUAAACUUAGUCCACCAGAAUAUAUACUAGUCCUCAAUUAUUGUUAUUUGUAUAAUACAAACUUCAAAUGGCCAUGCAGUAAAACUGAACAUUUAGAAAAUUGUUUUUCAUUUCCGCUUUUGCUCUUUAUAUUGAUUCUAGUUAAUAAGGGGAAAAACAAGACACGGUUCCCGUGGCUCUUGAAAAACCACUGAAUAUCAUGGAAUUAAGAAAACAAACAUUUGAAAAUUAUGGAAUUUUGUCUAUUAUUGAUAAGGCCCUGAGCUUAAAAAACUUUUAGAGCUUAGACUGAAGACUACUAGAGUCUACAAAUUGUAUGUGUGUGACGUAAUCAGAGAUUUGAGUCCAGACUUAGUUUUAUAAGCACAAGCCAAGGUUUUUAAAAAGCACUAAAUUUUGCAUUUCUCGGUAUUAAAAUGUAGAAUUCUUUUGUUGUCAGUUCUAUUAAAAGUUGGGGUUUUUUUUUACUGACUAGUUGACCUGAUGUACACCAGUAUACAAUGUGCUAAUAUUUGUACUCUUGGGGCCAUCAUGGUCUGUUACUUGUACUGGCAUUAUCCAAUCAGAAUUGGUGUAACAUGGAAGUUCAGAGAAGACAAAUGGGACACGUUGCUGAUCCAAAGCUGCUGGCAGCGUAUUGUCAACAACUACUGGAGAGACAGACUUGUCUCAAUGCUUAAUAGCAUUUCAAGAUUAGUUUUUGUUUUUGAAGGUAACAUUUUACAUGUAUGAUCAACAUCGUAAUUAACUGUCGUGUUAUUUUUAAAUUGAAUACCUUUUUAUUUAUUAUAUAUAUUUUAAUAUACAAUGUUUACAAGUGAUCAUAUGUUGCGUUUCGUGCAUCCCCCACCUUGCUUUUUGCUAAAAUAUAAUAUUUAAUACUAAUUAUAUUAAGAAUACUUGACCAUAAUUUGUAUAUUUAAAAUGCCUGAAACAGCUAAGGAUAAAAGUACUGAAGUUCUUGAUUUGGUUGUAGAAAAAAAAAAAAAAAAUUAAACUGGAGGAAAAGUUGAAAACAAAUCAUUAGCAGUAACUAUCAGCUUUUUAAAAUAUUUUCUUUAGUGUUUAUCAGUGCAUUUAUUAUAUAAAACUUCUUGUUACUCAUCUGCCAUACUAGACCUUUUGUUGCUGGGGUCUGUUAAGUGCAACAGUCAUGGAAAUGUGGUUAUUUUGUUUAAAACAUUUUGGAAUUGUGUAUAAAUUAAGUUGGAAAACCAUGAAAUUUGUCAAAAGGUAAUAGUAUAUUCAUUGUCGACCUAAGGUAUCUUAAAAUAGUAUCAAAAUUAUAUUUGGGAGAUUUCUUAUUGUAAGAAUCUGCACUAAAGCAUUCAGAAUAUUAUGUACACAUUACAUCAUUGUGUAAUUUAAAAUCAAAUAGUGAAUUACUGUUAAAGUACACCUUUGAUCAAAGCUUUAACAAUAAUAUGGCUUAGUGUUGUCUGACUAACUGAUAAAUUUUACAUAAUGCUAUAACAAAUCAUUUUAUUAAGUCUUGGUUAUUGAAGUCAUUGAGUCAUGUUGAAAAAUGGCUGAGUUGGCAAUUUAGCAGAAAUGCUUCUGUGACAGCUGAGGUUAAUUGGCUUGUAAAGGUGACAGUUGAGACAAUAGAGCCACAACAGUUUGAUUAGUGGUAUACAAAACUGUCUGUACAGUGAAACCUGUGGCCACUUGUUAACUCGCACCUUGCUGCUGUCUGAAGUAGCACAGUAUUAUGUGGUACCAACUGACCCUUGAUGAACAUCCAGCUGUAUUUAGAGGUUGUUGUUUGACAACCACAGGUGCAGGGUUUAAGAUGUCACUCAACAAAUCACCAAAUUCAAAUUAAAGUAAAAUUUGGCAAAUCUAUUUCAUUACUAAUUCACCAAAAAGCUACUUCAAAAACUGUUUGUCGUUUAAAAUAUAUUACCAUUUUUGCUGUUUGGCUAAUGAAACUUGAAUUUUACGACAGAUUUUAUUAGCAAAUUCACCAAAUUGCUAAUUUGUUAUUGGCUUCAGCUAAACCCUGCAGGUGAUUAGUUAACACAAUUUUAGUUGUGUGUAUUUUAUUAGUGUGCUAGAGAUCUUUUACAACCAGCCUGUUACCACAUUUCAGAUCCUGUUACUUAUUUCAACUAUUUUGUGCUUAUAUCCAAUUAACUUUAAAACAAUUCAGGCCUCUGAUAAUUGUGUGUAGAUAGUUUUGUUUGUGCAUUGCCUGUGCAAGUCUUAGUUUUGCAGAACCCAUUUUGGAUUUGUGCCACAAAUUUAGGACAUGGUAAUAACAAAUUACCAUGUCCUAAAUUUGAUGCACGAAUGGUAAUGACAAAUUACACAAAAACAAAAUGGGUUAUGGUACGUGAAUAUGUUUUUGCAUAACCCAUAACUGAUAACGCCCAUUUUUAACUCUUAGAUCUCUGCCCAAGUCACACUUCAGCCUAUGUGCACCAUCUGUCUAUGACAGUGGGUUAAUGAUAAGUGUUAGAAGCUAGUGAGACAGAGAGAAGUUGGUAUCAUGGCCUUACACCUUUCCGUUUAGCUGCUGCUAAAAAUUCCUGUGGAUGGGAGCUGAUAGUAGGUACGAACCCACUACGUACUGGCUUUAAAUCUGAUGGCUUAACCAACACACUAUCACGGCUGUUUCAGAUUAUUUCAGUGGUCAAAUUUAAGACUGAAAAAAGGGUAUGCCCAAAGAUAAAAUUUAGUGUAAGCAUUUAGUGAAAAUGACAAUAUUGCUCCUGUAUUGUUAAACCCAACUGUAGAAUUGCUUCUGUUGUUAACCAAAUCAGUUCACAUGUAAAUUUCAGUAAUUGUAAUUGUCUGUGUUUAUCACUGUGUAAUGCCAGAUAAUAACUUUUUUUUUUUUAAAGGUUUUAUAUUUGUUCUGAUCAAUAUACCGAAUAUUGCAUGUCAUAUUGUUUUUAUACUUCCUUAAUAUAAUGUUGAAAAUCACUUAGACUGAUUUAAUAUUGGCAUAUUUUUAAUUUCUUUAAAUUUAAAAAACAAAAAAACUUAAUCAAGAAUCCAAGCUUUGUUCUACCAAUAUCAUGCACAGAUUUGUUAAUGACACUGACAAUGCUGCAGAGCCAUAGCGUGAGUUGCCAGCGCCCGGGGCAAGGCAAGUAUUGCGCCUCCUAACCAGUGGACCGUUAGGACUCCCUGAGUCUUUUCCACCAGUCCAGAAUUUUGCGCCCCGGUGGCCCGCCCAUGCUACGCCACUGCAAUGUUGAAUACUUAGUAUAUAGUGUGUUGGUAGCCAAUACAAGACCAGUUACAUUAAUAAAGGUUCAAACUGAUUGAUGGUAUUUGAACAUUCAUCAUCAAGUUACAUGACAUUUGAAGUCAACAAGAUUAUAUAUAUAUACAUAGUCCUUCAUUUUGUAAGCAUGUGAUCCAAGUGCAUCUUAAUUUUAUCUCGGAAGAAUUUUGUUUUAUUGUUCACCUGAAAAUAUGGUAAGUGCACACCAUCCCGUUUGUUUGAAAAGAAGUAUACUGAUUCAGUGAUUAUUCAGUGUAUGCUAUUCAAAACUAUCAUAUGUGUAAGCUUUACUCCAGAUAUUUCCUAUGGAAUCCAAAACACUCAUUUUGAGCUUAUGAGGAGAGUGAUUAAUCAUCACUCGCUUGAUAUGCAUGCAUACAUGCAUGUGUGCACGUGCACAUACACACACACACAGAUGGGCAUACACACACAGACACAUGAAUUAGAUAUAUAUAUCUGUAUCAAAGAUUUUACCAUUUAACUAACAACUGUUAACUGUAUUAGUGUAAUGAUGUGUUGUGUGAUGUGUAAGUCUCCAUACUGUGAGAUUUGGGGUUUUUUCAUUUUAGUUUUUAUAACAUUCAAUGUAUACAUAUAUUUUUAUGAAUAUGUACUGGUAAAUUCCAAUAUAUCUGAUGAAUUUUCAACAAAUACACAUUUGUACAGUUUUCUCCCAUUUACGUUUCAUAAAAUUGUCGACAUGCUUUUUUCGAUUAAUCCUCAUAGGUAUAUUUGCUUACAGUGUACUUUUCACACAAUAUAUUUACUAUGGAUUUUAUUAUAAAAUUUUAAUUUUUAUAGUCAUGAUGCAUAACAAAUUUGCCAUUUUUGGAACAAUGAGGAGACUUUACUAUGAUAAAAACCAGUUAACUCUAUUCUGAAUAAUUUUUCAAUAAAGGAAACAUUUGAACUUCUAAUACCAAAUACAUGUAUAUGUUUUAGAAUAUAUACAGCUAGUUCAAUUGCUGCUUUUAAAGUAGAGAUGUUUUGUAAUAUAAAAGAUAUAUAUAUAUAUAUGCUUGAAUAAACUUACACUUGUCUACAGCUUAAAAUUGACUUGCAUGGAAUCAUGAUUAUGAUUAUGAUUCAGAGAUAGAAAAUGUGUAAUAUUUUUAUUGUAGCUGAAUGAAAAUGUAGUUUUUAAAUCUACAAUAUGUAUAUUAACACACACAGCAGUUUUUGUUUCAUGCUAAAUGUUUUCCUUUGGACUUUUUCAAAAAAGAAAACGAGUAAAUUUGAUUAUUUGUUGCAAUGAAGUGCCUGCUUGUAGUAUGAAUGUGAACAUAGUUUUCUACACGUUUGUUCUAAUUUCCCCACAUAACACUGGACAGGAGGGCAGAUGAAGUGGAUGUGCUAAACCCCAGACCCAAUAUCUUUUGUAUAUAAUUGCAAUUUAUUUCAUGUCUUUGGGAUAUUUUGUCACAUUCUGUAUCUGGAUUAACAUUAUAAUUUGUAUUGUACCGUAUACAAAUGUUUUAUAUUAUGUGUGGGGAAUCAGUUGUAGAUUUGUACCAGUUUUACAGUGCAUUGUGUCACUGAAAUAAAAUGUCAUGCAUCA